UCCCUAUAAUGUUUCUAUCCUACUCUUCUAGGUCAAGUUCCUGCCGAGAUGUCCUGCCAGCAGAGCCAGAAACAGUGCCAGCCUCCUCCCAAAUGCCCCUCCCCAAAGUGCUCCCCAAAGUGCCCCCCAAAGAGCACAACCCAGUGUCUGCCUGCAGCCUCUUCCUGCUGUGCUACAAGCCCUGGGGGCUGCAGUGUCCCCAGCUCUGAGGGAGGCUGCUGCCUGAGCCACCACAGGCGCAGGUCCCACAGAUGCAGGCGCAGGAGCUCCAGUUCCUGUGACCGUGGCAGUGGUCAGCAGUCUGGGGGAUCAGGCUGUGGCCACAGCUCUGGGGGCUGCUGCUAACUUGCAUCCUGAGGUUGAGACAAAAGAGUUUGGAGUACUGAGCAGCAGUGCCACGUUGGCUUAUUCUUUCUUCAGAUAUUAGAAUCUGUCUUGGGCUAUGUGUUCGUGAGCUCUUCUAAUGGAUUUUCCAAAAGGCUGUUGCUUCUUCUCCUCAUGGUUCCAUCACUCGUGUCCAACCAUGUAGGCAAAUAAAAUUCUUUCUCAAUA